CUCUUGUCUCUGUUAUAUUUAGGUUAAUGCAUUAGAUAAUCUUGGCCAGACCUCUCUUCAUAGAGCAGCACACUGUGGUCAUCUUCAGACAUGCAGGUUGCUGCUGAGUUCUGGAUGUGAUCCUUCCAUCGUGUCUCUGCAGGGCUUUACAGCCUUACAAAUGGGGACUGAAAGCGUGCAACAGCUGCUACAGGAAGGGAUCCCAUUGGGUAAUUCUGAUGCAGAUCGACAGUUGCUGGAGGCUGCAAAGGCUGGAGAUGUGGAUACUGUAAAAAAGCUAUGUACUGUUCAGAGUGUGAACUGCAGAGAUAUUGAGGGGCGUCAGUCUACACCACUUCAUUUUGCUGCUGGAUAUAACAGAGUAUCUGUUGUGGAGUAUCUUCUUCAGCAUGGAGCUGAUGUGCAUGCAAAAGAUAAGGGAGGACUUGUCCCGUUACAUAAUGCUUGUUCAUAUGGUCACUAUGAAGUUGCAGAACUGCUGGUUAAACAUGGUGCCGUUGUCAACGUAGCUGACUUGUGGAAAUUCACUCCUUUGCAUGAAGCUGCAGCAAAAGGAAAAUACGAGAUUUGCAAACUCCUGUUACAGCAUGGAGCUGACCCCACGAAGAAAAACAGAGAUGGAAAUACUCCUCUAGACCUUGUUAAAGAUGGUGAUACUGAUAUUCAAGACCUACUUAGAGGAGAUGCAGCUCUACUAGAUGCUGCAAAGAAAGGUUGUUUGGCCCGAGUAAAAAAGCUGUGUUCACCUGACAAUGUCAACUGUCGGGACACGCAAGGACGACAUUCAACACCACUACAUUUAGCAGCUGGUUACAACAAUUUGGAGGUUGCAGAGUACCUGUUACAGCAUGGAGCAGAUGUGAAUGCACAGGAUAAAGGAGGUUUGAUUCCUCUGCAUAACGCAGCAUCCUAUGGGCAUGUUGAUGUGGCAGCUUUACUUAUAAAGUAUAAUGCAUGUGUGAAUGCCACGGACAAAUGGGCUUUCACACCUCUCCAUGAAGCAGCCCAGAAAGGAAGGACUCAGCUUUGUGCCUUGUUACUGGCACAUGGGGCUGAUCCCACUCUGAAAAACCAAGAAGGACAAACGCCACUGGACCUGGUCACUGUAAGUGAUGGGGCUCAUCUUGGGAAAUCUGUACUUAUCUGCAGUUUGUGACAGCUCAUCUAAAAACUGUCCUUGGACAAAAGGGUAGUACAGCAACUUCUGCAGAAUUUAAAAUACUCUGGUUUCUCUGGUGUUUGUAUGU